AUGACCAACUCCUACAAGAGUUCACCCCGCCGUGGGGGUUCGAGCAGCUUUGCUAGCCUCACGAGCAGCAGCUACUCCUUGAGUCUCAGCGGUAGUGGCAGCAGCAGCAACAGUAGCAUUAGCAGUAGCAGCAGCAGCUCCGCGUCUUCCGCUCCAGCUUCUGCUGAUGGGGCUCUGAGGCCCGGUGAUACGGUGGCUGCGGAGAGGAAGCCAUUUGUACCUCCUAAGAUCCUCCGUGCCAAAAACAUUCCUCCUCUCAAGAAGCAGUUGCCCAGGCGCGCUCCGCCUCCCAGUGUUAGUAUUGCUGCUGGUGGUGCUGCAGGGCCGAACGCAGUUCCUCCCCCCUCUAGGAAGGAACAGUUGGCAGCGCUACAGUCACAGCUGCUGAUGUCUCGGGCCGCGAUAGGACAGAGGUGGAAGGAGGCGUGGAGGAGCGCGGAGUCCUCAGCCUUUUCCUAUGAUUCUGACAUAGAUGACUUGGAGGAGUUUGAUUCAUCAUCUGACAGCUCACGGGCUGCAACCCCUGCAUCAAGAAAAAAGGAGGCGUCAGAUAAGGACGCUAGGGAUAACGGAAACUCCGUGGGCUCCUCCUUGACCGCCAGCGCUGCGAGGAAGGAUCUGCUGCAGCUGCUGGAGCGGGAGAUGUCCAGUAGCAGCUCUGAUCUUCAGGAUGACGGCAGCCAGAUUCUGAAUCUGACUGCAUCUGACUUUAUCGAUGACCUUAAGGCUGAUUUAGCCCCCCAUGAAGGCGAGGAAGUCCGGCCGGCCACUCCUGUUGAAGAAACCAUUAUCUCCAGACCCCUUAGAAAGCUGAAGUUGCAUCUUUUCCACGAGGGUCACCCUGGUAGCUCCUCCUCCUCUGAUGGCUCUUCGGAAGGGUCCGCCUCUUCUAUUCGCUGGCGGCAACUACCCUCUAGAGAAACAUCAGUCCCAGGUGAGCUCGAUGGGGACCUGCAGGACUCAGAAGACGAGGCGAAGGAGGAGGAAGAAGAGGAAGCGGAUGAGCAAGAAGGGGAUGAAGAUGAAAAGGAGUCGAGCGCAAGCCAGUCGCAAGAGGGAGAGGGAUCAGAAGAGAACUACGGAGAAAGCGACGUAGACAGGGACGGAGAGGCAAAAGAAGAGAGACGAGAUGAGGAAAAUGCUGUGGCAGAGUUGUCUGAGGCCGCAGAAGGUGAACCCCAGAUGAUUUGGCAGUUUGACGAACCAGAUGAAGGCAAACCGUCGCCUCCAGAACCCAAAAAGACAAUCGUCGUCAGGCGGCCGUUGAAAGCUGCCGAUAUGGAUGUUGAGGAGAGGCUGGAGGUCGACGCCUGCCAAGAGGACUUCGACCGACGAGAGAUGGCAGAUCGCAUUGUUUACGAGUAUACGGACGACCCGCUGACUCCCCAAAUGGAAAAACUUAGGGCAGAACGCGUCAAGCUUGCUGAGUGGGCGAGGAAGCUGCGGGCCGGCGGCAGGACGCAAGCUGAGGGCGAGAGGCCUGCGGGGUACAGACCUCCUCUGGUGCGGCCACCAGUGCUGCUAGGGGUAGGGAGGACCUUCCCCCAGACGGAAGUGGAGAGGCCACUGACGAAGGAUCUGUCGCCGCGGGGAGAGGGCAUUGAGGAGCGGCUGCUGCAGCGGGCUCUCUUGCCCAGCACGAAGGUGUGGCAGAUGGAACAGCGGACGAAGCGUCUGCAGCAGCAGACCGUGCAACAGCGACAACAACUUGAGCUGCUGCAGGCAGCACUUCGAAAGAAAAUCGAGGCUGACACAAACACAGCAGCUUCUUCUGCUAAUGGCGAGCGUAAGGAGCGGGCCCAGCACCUGCAGGCGGAGGAGCAACUGAAGGAUCUACAGGAAAGAGUAGAGGCGGAGACGAAUAAAAGGCUGCUUGAAAGAAGCUGUCGCCAACAGCGAGACCAGCAGGCAACGACGCUGCAACAGCGCUACUCUCAGCUAUUGCACUACUUGCAGGAGGCAGAGGAGAAACGGAGCUCCUUCGAAGACGGCCUCCGCGUAGCCCAGAGCAAGGCACAGAAAGCAGAAGCCCUGUUGCAAACCAAAGAGGCGGAAUUAGCUUAUGCUCAGCGCUGCCUAGACACCCUCGACGUUCAAAUGCUAGAGAAAGAAGUGCAGAGGCGCAAAGAAAGAGACAGAGCGAACGCUGCGGAGCAACAGGUGGAAGAGUUGAGGGCCGCGUUGGCAGCUAAGGAAAAAGAAAUGUCUAAGCUGAUGGCGAGCUCAGAAGGUAGCGCAACUCUGCUCGAGAAGGAACAGGAAGAGCACCGCAAGACCCGAGAGGCCUUAGAAGCCGCACAGGCAGCGUUGAAGCAGCAAGCCGCCGAAAUGCAGGCCCCGCGCUUGCAACAAGACAAGCUGGAAUCGUUACGAAAGCUCGCCAAGGACUUUCAGGCUCUUUCAGCUGAGACGGAAGCAGAGGAACAGGAUAUGGAAACCUGGCACAGGGAAGUUGAAGAAAGAAAAGCCAAAGCUCUCUCAAUUCUCGAGGCGGCGAUAUGGAAACCUGGCACAGGGAAGUUGAAGAAAGAAAAGCCAAAGCUCUCUCAAUUCUCGAGGCGGCAGAACGUACAGCCCUCGCCGUCUUCUCUCAGCUUGAUCGAGGAGCGGCGGACGCGUCAGCUGUCAAUGGAGGCUCUGCGGCUGGCUCGGCAGGAAGAGGUGGCGGUGUUGGAACGCGAGUUCGAACAAGCCGGGAAGCAGCGAAAGAAGCUUGAAGCCGACUUACAGCAGCGGGAGGCAGAGGCGGCCGACCUUCGGCGGCAGGUUUCCUCCGUCAGCCGCAAAUUGCAACGUCAAGCACAAAAGAACAGAAGGAUUUCCAAAAGGAUUAUACGCACUGCGCCCGCCUACGGCAGAUGCAGCCGGCGGACCGUGUGUCAGGAACUCCGCACAAUGCGCGUUGGCGGGGUUAUUGAACUGCUGACCAAAUCCGCCAACCGCAGGCCUGAACCGCGUUACAUUAAGCUGUUCAAGCGAGGAGUAGUCAUGUGGACUGAAGACCUGGCAGGCAAGAGGGGCUUCAAGAAAGGAGACCAAUUCAGUGUCAAAGACAUCAUCGGUAUUGACUUCGGGACCUCGAGCUCUGCAUUUUUGUGGAGUCUUCACGGACCCAAAGGAGAAAAGGCUUCAUCUUCUCAGUUUCCAUAUCCUUGGCGGUGCUUUACUGUACGUACGCUGAAAGACACCUUCGAAUUCCGAGCCAAGUCGGACGAUGUCGCUCAGGACUGGGUAGUUGGCCUUGGUAGACUGAGCUCUACUCACGGCCCGCCCAUGAUAGUAGACAAACACGAACUUAUUGUCCAUCGGGUGCGCAUGAAGCUUGAUGCUUACGCUGCCCAGCGAGGGAUUACACCCGCUGUAAUGUGGAAAGAAGCGAUCAACAGGACCACUGCGCAACUACCAAACCUUCGCCAGCGCCCUGCAGGGCGCCGUGACUCUUCAGAAGCGCAGCUUCAACACCGAAGGGACUCAACAAUUUCCCACAGAAAAACAACAGGCUUGCGCAGCGAUGAUUCUCCCUCCAAAGUCACUUCGCCGCACAAAGAACGUCGCCGUCAUUCCCAGCAAGACCGCAGCAGAGACAGCCGCAGACGCGGCCAUCGCGAGUCAAGCCGAAGAGCUGAACAGAGGAGUGGCCAGCAAGAAAAGCAACAGAGCCACGCAGACUCCUCCUUUCUUUCCCAGCUGGAAACUCCUAGCCCCACAACGGCUGGUGCCGUUGCUCCUGACGCCAGCAAGCGCAGCCGUUCGCCGAGACGCAGGCCGCGUGAAGCGGCUGCGACGCCUGAUGAGACCCUCCGAAGGAGAAUGUCUUCAAAAACCCCCGAGAGAGCUGCUAAGGAGAGUUCGGUGACAGCUGCUAGGGAGAGUUCGGUGACAGCUGCUAGGGAGAGUUCGGUGCGGCCGGCCCUCAAGAAUCAUCGUGGGGGCGGCGAAAGGACAGACUCCCCCGUAAGUUCGCCACCUGAGGCGUCGCCGGCUCAUGGAAAUGAGAAAACUCAUGAGGAAACCAAAAUGAAGCAUGCAAAGAUCAAACAAUCAAGGCGCCGCCGUCAACAGAAGAAAGAAAAAACAGACGAAGAAGGUAGCACCCCCAAAGCUGCUGCUGAAUAUAGAUCAGUGAAAAAGAUAUCGAAAGGCAUCUUAUCGAGAGCUGGCACUCUUUUCAGGAAGCCGACGAAGAAGACGGGAGAGUAG